AAAGAAUACACCGGGCUAUACGAGAAAUGAUCGUUCUUGAUAACCAACCUUUUUCUGUUGUGGAGAAUAAAGGAUUCAAGAGAUUGUUUGCUGUCCUGGAACGAAAGUAUAGUAUACCCAGUCGGCCAUAUUUCAGCAAAACUGUCAUUCCUGAGAUAUACGAAAAGUGAUAAAGUAGAGUAGCUGAAAUGUUAGCAGAUGCAAGAUUUAUUUCCUUCACAACAGACAUGUGGACUUCUGGUGUGAACAAUAAGGGCUUUAUAAGUUUAACUGGACAUUGGGUUUCCAGAAAUUUUGAACAAAACAUUAUGUGCUAAGUAUUCGUGGUCUGGAUGGCAGUCAUACUG